UCCCCUCUAAGAGUCGUGCCUGUGACGUCAGCAGAACAUGGCGGCCGCUGAGAUUAUAAACAAACACUUCUAGACACGUUUGGAGCAGGUUCCGUUCAUGUUUCUCGGUCUACGGAAACGACUCGGCGUCACUUCAACUACCGGCUGCCAAGUUCUCCGUGAAAGCGUGUCGGGGUUUUCUGUGAGCGGGCUUCCGUGUCGGUUUUGUUUUCUCCACAAACGGGCUGAUGAGCGCCCCCUGAAGCCUAUGGGAGAGCCGGGCAGCAGGAGGCAGCGAGCGGCGGACCAUGGGGAGCGGAGUCUCAUCGGGCCUCCGUCUGGAGCCUCCGGGGAGCCACCGGACCGGGACGCCUCCACGCCGGGCUUUGUUUAUGUGCUGGCGUUCUUCUCCGCCCUGGGGGGGUUCCUGUUCGGAUAUGACACCGGGGUUGUCUCAGGGGCGAUGCUGCUGCUGAAGAGGAGGAUGAACCUGAGCGCCCUGUGGCAGGAGCUGCUGGUCUCCAGCACGGUGGGGGCCGCAGCUGUCUCCGCCCUGGCGGGAGGGGUCCUGAACGGCUGGCUGGGGCGCAGGAUCUGUAUCCUUCUGGCCAGCUUCAUCUUCAGUUUCGGAGGAGUCAUGCUGGCGCUCGCCCCGGACAAGGUGGUCCUCCUGGUUGGCAGAAUCAUAGUGGGCCUAGGCAUAGGCAUUGCAUCUAUGACUGUUCCUGUGUACAUCGCAGAGGUUUCUCCUCCUCAUCUGAGAGGUCAGCUGGUCACCAUCAAUUCACUCUUCAUCACUGGCGGUCAGUUCAUCGCCAGCGUGAUCGAUGGGGCUUUCAGCUAUCUGAGUGAAGAUGGUUGGAGGUACAUGUUGGGUCUGUCUGUUCUACCCGCCGUGCUGCAGUUCCUGGGCUUCAUUUUUUUGCCUGAGAGUCCUCGCUGGCUCCUCCAAAACGGCCAGAACCAAGAGUCCCUGCAGGUUCUCCGCCGGAUCAGAGGAGACCAAAACGUGGAGGAGGAGUAUGACUCCAUAAAAGCCAGCGUUGAGGAAGAAGAGAGAGAAGUUCGGGGAGGUGGCGUUGUGCUUUUACGCAUUCUCAGUCAUGGUCCGACUCGCAGGGCUCUGAUUGUUGGCUGUGGCCUCCAGAUGUUUCAGCAGCUGUCUGGGAUCAACACAGUCAUGUACUACAGUGCAACUAUUCUGCAGAUGGCUGGAGUGCGUGACGACAAAGAGGCCAUCUGGUUAGCUGCUGCCACUUCGGCCACCAACUUUGUGUUCACCCUGGUUGGCGUGUGGCUCGUGGAAAGAGUGGGUCGCAGAAAGCUGACGCUGGGCAGUCUUUUAGGUACUGGUCUUAGUCUGGCUUUGCUGGCGGUUGGAUUCCUGCUGUCUGCUCAAAGCUCUCCGCCUGUUACCUUCCACCCAGUCGACCCUAAUAACUCAACAUGCAGACUUUAUGAGUCCUGCGAGCCGUGCAUGUUGGAUCCAGGCUGCGGGUUUUGUUUCCAGGAAAACGGCACCAAAGUGUUUGAGUCCUCGUGUGUUCCCGUCCAUCAGGCGUCCACUGAUCACGCCGCCUGGGGAAGGUGUUACAAUAAGUCAGAAGAGGGUAAAAGCCCAAUAUGGGCUUACAACUACUGCCCCACAUCCUACUCCUGGGUUGUCCUGAUGGGCCUUAUUCUCUACUUGGCUUUUUUUGCUCCAGGGAUGGGUCCCAUGCCCUGGACCGUAAACUCUGAGAUCUACCCACUCUGGGCCCGCAGUACUGGCAAUGCCUGCUCCGCCGGCGUCAACUGGAUCUUCAAUGUCCUCGUGUCUCUGACUUUCCUGCACGUUGCUGAGUAUCUGAGUUACUAUGGUGCGUUCUUCUUGUACACCGGACUGGUGUUCUUGGCUCUGCUCUUCGUGCUGGGCUGUCUCCCAGAGACCAGGGGCUUACAGCUGGAGGACGUUGAGGACCUGUUCAUGGGGCAGCUGUGCUCCUGUGGAGCCUCCUCGCCCACACACAACCGCCACGUCCACUACAUCCGGCAUGGUUCAGGAUACAGCUCAGCACAGUAUGGAGCAUUGGAUUCAGACGGUGCCAUAGCCUAUAUAACUGUAAGUACAGCCAUGAGGAGUUUUUAAAAUGGCUGGAUGUUCUGUUUGAAGCAGUGACAACACUGAAUAUGCCUUCUGUAUGUCCUUGUUCUUGCAGCUGAAAUAAUCACCAUUCCUCAACAACAGAGCUCCUUUGUACAGACAAUCCUUUUGCACUUUGAUAAACGCAAAUCUGUUUUAAAAGAACUAUUAGCAUCUGUAAACUGUACACAAUGUCUUGUGAAAAAAAAUGAUUAUGUGUGUUUCGAAACCUGAAAUAAAAGAUGUAUGUUUUUGGAAAAUUUA